CAGAGAUGGUAUUUAUUAUAUAAAAGACAUGUAAUUGAAUAAAUUGAUGCAGAUGCCCUAAGACCUACCCCAACUGCGGUUGUCACUCCCGUUCUUCCGAUGUCUGCAAGCUCUCUUCUCUCGGCAAACCCAUCGUAUUCUAACGAUGGUGGCGCCACGGAUGUCCGGCGGAGCCUUGUCGCGACAACUGUAGAAGCGCCAUCACCCGAACUACAAUCUGCAGACUCUCUUGAUCCCGAAAACAACAGCGACUAUCGUGUGUUACUUCCCGCGCAAGAGAGCAACGAAGGCGCCGUAUUUGAGGACGACAAACCGAUGAUCAGCGUCCUAGAAAAAGUGGGAGGUGCCUCAGGCGACCACCAAGAACAAGUGCACGUGAUGUGUUCGGAGAAAUGCGCGCUCAAGAGCCAAACGGGGAAGAAAAAACCUAGGCGAAGGGGAGGAAAUGCCAGAAAGAACAAGGCCGUUUUAAACUGUUAUCCGAUUGAGAAUAGAGAAAAGAAGGGGCAUUGGUAUUCGAGAAAGGAAAUGGAGGUUCUGAGGUUUCAAGGGGUGGAAGAGCAAAAGAAGAAGUGGGUCGAGGUGUACUGUGGGCUUGGUCCACUGGUGCAGCGGGAGUAUGAUGAACUGGUGAAGUCGGAAAAGACUCGUGAAGAGGAUAGUUUCCCAAGCUUUGAUUUUGACUUUGAUCCACGCCCUCAGUUCCAGAAAUCUGCUGACUUGAGUUGUAGUGAAAUCCGUCAGGUGUUAAUCUUAAUUCUUAUCCCAUGGAGUGUGUUUAAGUUUAAUCGUAAUAACUGCGAAGGCUGCCCGCAGCUUUUGGAUAAUCAUUCGGAAGAUAUGAUUACCUCAGAUCCUUCCUCCUGUCUCCCAAUUAGUGAUGAAAUAGGAUUCUCAGCUUUGGAAGGAGAGUACAGUGAAGAUGAUGAAAGUGAUGACGACUAUAGUAGCAUUCAAAGGCCAGCCUUUUUGGUUACAGGAGAACCUGAUUUUGAUUCUGGCCCUCCGCAAGAUGGACUUGAAUAUCUUAGACGUGUAAGGUGGGAGGCUGAUAGAAUCCCGAAGGUGAAAGUUGUCAAGGUUAAUAAAAACAAAGAACAGAGUGUUUAUAUGCCUCAAAUUCCUGAUAUUAUGGAGUGCCCUGAGAACAUAUUGCCACUUAAACAGUGGGAAAACAGCUUCCUUGCUGAUUUCUCAGAGCUGAGACAGGCUUUCUCGCGGCUCGACCCACAGGCUUCCCGUUUGAAAAGUUCAACUGAAGAGCACCUGUCCACCGAUGAAGAUGAUAUUUUGGGUCAGAUGCUUGAAAUUAACACAAGUGUUGGGAAAUUUGUGAACUUAACAAUAGAAGAUGAUUCGAAAACCAAUCCACAUUCUCCGGAGAAUUCCAAUUUCACAGACGAAACCCCGACCCUCUCUAAGAUUUUGAAAAUGGACUUUGCUGCUCGAAUUUCAAUGUUAAAAAGGCGGAUAAGUUGCAUAGAGAAUAUGAGCACAUUAACUCGUGAUGAGAGUUUAUGGUUGUUUGCUCUCUGUGUGGCGGUCGAUUGGCCACUUGAUGCCAGCACAAGUGCAGCACUCAGAUCUCUACUGCGGAAGUGCGCAAGCCUGAGAGCUGGCAAAAAGGAAGUGGAUGAUGAAGUUGCUAUUCUCAAUAUUCUUGUGACGAUAUCUGGUAGAUAUUUUGGACAGUUAGAAUCUUGACGAUUUCUCGCACAUGGAUGCUCGACUUUUCUGGUGCUCUACCAUCUUCUUUGCUAAAGAUGAAAAUUGUGGUUGAUGCAUAUUCGUUUAACAUGAAUUAUACGCCACGAUAUUUGUCCUGAGAUAUGUGUUUUUGCUUUAGAAUUUCAUAGUUGUUUCCCUAGAGGUUGCUAUCCAAUUGUGAGAGAUAGAAGGGAA